AUGGCUGCCGCAAAGGCCGUUAAUGCGCCUGCUCAGGACAGCAGUCUUUCUCUUUACUCCAAAUUCGCCCUUGCUGGUGCUAUCUGCUGCUCCAUCACCCACGGCUCGCUCACCCCCGUCGAUGUCUCAUUCUACUUGCCCUCCGACUAUAAUUAUAUGCGCAAACUUCUUCAGCUAACACGGAUUAUAUACAGCGUGAAGACUAGAAUCCAACUUGACCCCGUCACAUACAACAAAGGUCUCAUUGGUGGUAUUCGUCAGGUCGUUGCAAAUGAGGGUGCUGGUGCCCUUUUGACCGGUGUCGGUCCUACCUUCGCUGGAUACUUCCUCCAGGGCGCCUUUAAGUUCGGUGGAUACGAAUUCUUCAAGCAGCAGUCGAUCAACGUCCUCGGCCUUGAGAAUGCCUCGCAAUAUCGAACCGGCGUUUACCUCGUCUCGUCCGCGUUCGCCGAAUUCUUCGCCGACAUUGCCCUUUGCCCUCUCGAGGCCACCCGUAUCCGUCUCGUUUCCGAGCCUACUUACGCCAGCGGCCUUGUGAGCGGUUUCAGCAAGAUGCUCUCGCAGGAGGGUUUCGGUGCUUUCUAUGCCGGUUUCGGCCCUAUCCUGUUCAAGCAGGUUCCUUAUACCAUGGCCAAGUUCGUUGUUUACGAGAAGGUAGCUGAGGCUGUCUACCGACAAUAUCCCAAGGAGAAGAUGUCUGAUGGUCUACAAACCACUGUCAACCUGGGAUCCGGUCUGAUCGCCGGUUUUGCCGCUGCCAUCGUCUCCCAGCCCGCUGACACUAUGCUGUCCAAGAUCAACAAGACCAAGGGUCUCCCCGGUGAGAGCACAACUAGCCGUCUUGUCAAGAUUGCUAAGGAACUUGGUCUCCGUGGAUCCUACAGCGGUAUCGGUGCUCGUCUCUUCAUGGUAGGCACUCUAACUGCCGGACAAUUCGCCAUCUAUGGCGACAUAAAAAAGGCAUUGGGCGCGGUAGGCGGUGUAGAGAUCUCCAAAUAG